CUUUGUUAGAAAUUAGACAUGGAUUUAUCGAGUUAGCGGUAUCGAAGUCAUUUCAUCCUUAUUUACAAACGCUGAUGAAAUCCCAACAUGGAUAGGAGGCAGAAAGAAAUCUUUAAUAAGGUCCUUCCAGAUUUUACGAAUUUUGUGGAUCCAAUCCCACUGCUGCCAUAUCUGGACUGCCUGACAGAGCCUACAAAGGAACAGAUUCGAAACCAUUACCAUAACCGUUCUAAAAAUUGGGCGAAUCAGGAGUUGCAUUCUGCACUACUUCGACGGCCCAAAGGAUACCAUCAAAUUGUCAUUGCACUCGAGCACAAUAACUACUCAUUCAUAGCUGACAGGCUGGAUCCAGACAGAGCUAUUAGAGGACCACCAAUAGAUCAACAGACAAGCUCUCAUCUACAAUCCACGUCUCAAGUUGUAAGACCACACCAGUCCUUUGCACAAGAACAGAUCACAGCUCCAAGUCCACAUUUAUCAACACCACCUGUCCACUUCACAGCAGCAAAUACCAACAUACCCCAUCAGCAACCAAAGGCAAAGGGUAUACAGAACCAUCCUAAUGUAAUGCCAAAUAAUCAAUAUCAGAAUACCUAUGAAAUGCCAUAUCCAUAUCCUGGGCAAGCUUUUCACCCUGGUAUGAUGAUAGACCAGUUCCAAGAUCAAUAUCAUCAACCUUAUUCAUUACCACAUUUUCAAGGACAACCUUAUUACACCAAUGUUAUGCCAAAUCAAUUUCAAGGACAACCUUUGGUGCCAGGUCUUUUUCAAGGACAACCUUUGGUGUCAGGUCAAUUUCAAAGACAACCUGCCACAGUGGCAGGUCAAUUUCAAGGUCAACCUGCAACAGUGGCAGGUCAAUUUCAAGGACAACUGGAAACAGUGGCAGGUCAAUUUCAAGAACAACCUGCAACAGUGGCAGGUCAUAUUCAAGGACAUCCUUCUCUGAUGCAAGGUCAGUUGCGAGAAAAUCCGUCUGCAGUGUCAGGUCUUAUUCAAGGACAACCUGCUCAAUUUCAAGGAUUCUUUCAAGGCAGCCCUCAUGAACAUCCUACAAAUCCUUUUGACCAAUUUCAAGGACCUGCUCAGUACUUUUAUGCAACACCUAACCAAGAGCAAGGCCUUAUUUACCACAGGAUACCAAUAUUACAACAAGACGCUAUUCCUAAAACAGAGUCUUCUCUAAGUACAUCCAGCAUGUCUUCUGGAAUUCCAACAUUGACAUCAGAGUCCCUAAAGGAUCAAGCUUCUACAAAAUCGCUCAGACUGAUUGAAGAGCGUUCAUCCUUAAGGCCAGGCCAGUCUCAGUAUUUAAACAUGAAAUCCAUGCAGUUAUUAGAAAAUCUACAGCCUUCAUCUGUAAUAUCUGGUCAUUCACCAGGAAAUAUACAGCCUUCAUCUGCCAUAUCUGGUCAGUUACCAGGAAAUAUACAGCCUUCAUCUGCAAUACCUGGUCAUUCACCUAGAAAUCUACAGCCUUCAUCUGCAAUUUCUGGUCAUUCACCAGGAAAUAUACAGCCUUCAUCUGCCAUAUCUGGUCAGCUACCAGGAAAUAUACAGCCUUCAUCUGUAAUACCUGGUCAGUCACCUGGAAAUAUACAGCCUUCAUCUGCAAUUUCUGGUCAUUCACCAGGAAAUAUACAGCCUUCGUCUGCCAUAUCUGGUCAGCUACCAGGAAAUAUACAGCCUUCAUCUUUAAUACCUGGUCAGUCACCUGGAAAUCUACAGACUUCAUCUGCAAUAUCUGGUCUGUCACCAGACAAUAUACAGCCUUUAUCUGCAAUAUCUGGUCAGUUACCAGGAAAUCUACAGCCUUCAUCUGCAAUACCUGGUCAGUCACCAGAAAGUAUACAGCCUUCAUCUGCAAUAUCUGGUCAGUUGGCAGGAAAUAUACAGACUUCAUCUGCAAUAUCUGGUCAGUCACCAGAAAGUAUACAGCCUUCCUCUGCAAUAUCUGGUCAGUUACCAGGAAAUCUACAGCCUUCAUCUGCUAUACCUGGUCAGUCACCAGGAAAGCUACAGCCUUCAUCUGCAAUAUCUGGUCAGCCACCAGGAAAUAUACAGCCUUCAUCUGCAAUAUCUGGUCAGUCAACAGAAAGUAUACAGCCUUCAUCUGCAAUAUCUGGUCAGUUGGCAGGAAAUAUACAGCCUUCAUCUGCAAUAUCUGCUCAGUUACCAGGAAAUCUACAGCCUUCAUCUGCAAUAUCUGGUCAGUCACCAGAAAGUAUACAGCCUUCAUCUGCAAUAUCUGGUCAGUCACCAGGAAAUCUACAGCCACCAGGUGGGCAGUCACUUACACCGGCUACAUUGUCACAACCUGACCUACCAAAUGCUCUGCAUGAAUGCCUAGUAGAUUCGCAGUCAGAAAGAGCAACUCUACCAUCACAGUUAGUUCUUUCUGAAGAUGCUGCUGCAAGAGUUGAUCAACAGGUUGCUGCUGACAAUAGAUUGCUUUCACAAAGAUCCAAUUUAGCAGAUGCUGCAGAAUCCCAGCCUUUGACAUCACAGGCAUCUCCUCAGGCACCUGUAUCAAGAGAAACCUUCAACUCAAGAUUUUGUGAAGACUUUACGAUGAUCAAAGUAUUGGGUAAAGGUGCAUUUGGAGUAGUUUUUGAGGCAGAGAAAAAAAUUGAUUUACAACGCUAUGCUGUAAAACGGAUUAAAGUAAAAGGUAAAGAUGUGAUGCCAGAGGUUCGAGCCCUAGCACGACUUGACGAUCCUGGCAUUGUGCGCUACUAUCAUGCAUGGAUGGAAACCCCACCCCUCGGCUGGCAAGCGGAACAAGACUCUCAUAUGGAGGGUCUUAGCAGCCUGAAUUAUACUGAUGAUUAUCAAACAGAAACAGCAUCUUCUGAACGACAAUCUGAUGAUGAAACAAGCAAUAAACAACCUGCUGCAAACACUUCACCACCAAGAAAUCUCCAGUUUGCAGACUUGCAAAACUUUGGAGCUAAUAAUUUCCCAGAUUUUGUUGUUGAUGAUGUUCUUCAACAUAAUAAAGCGACCGAGUCGAGUGUAUCCGACUCCUAUGGUUGGUCCAGUGAUGAAAAGUCAUCAAUCGGCACAACCAGUAGAGAUACAAAAGAUGACGAUGAUGAUAAUGAGGAGGAGGGGGAUAAAAAUGAGGAUGAUGACAAUGAUGACAAUGAGGAGGGGAAAGAUUAUCAAUGGCAGGAGGAUAAGGAUGAUGAUGAAGACGAUGAUGGUAUUGUUUUUGAAAGUAGUGAAGCCUCUAGAAAAAGGAAAACAGAAGAGGUAAAGAAAAAGGCCGAGAAUAAUAAUGAUGAUACAACAGAAGGUGGAAAUUCAAUGGAUAGGAGAGCUCAUGAUUUGGACAGACAAGACCAAAGGCUUCAGCAAUUAGGCAUUAAUCAGCCUAGUUUACCGGUGCCCCCUACUUUCCUGUACAUUCAAACUGAGUUAUGUAAGACUGAAACUUUGAAAGACUGGUUGGAUAAAACAAAAAAUCGUUUUCCUGAUGUAAUUUCGAAAAUUCUGAGAGAAAUUACUUCUGCACUGGCAUACAUUCAUGAUAAGCAAUACAUUCAUAGAGACCUUAAACCGGCAAAUAUAUUCUUUGCAUUUGACAACUCUGUAAAGCUAGGUGACUUUGGUUUGGCAAAGAUAAUGGCGGAGGACCAUUUGGGAAGUUCGGAUGCAGGAAGGGUAGCUCAAAGUCUUACUUCAGGAGUUGGCACCUUCUUUUAUAUGAGUCCAGAACAGAGAGGAAAAAUUUAUACCAACAAAGUGGACAUAUUUGCCCUUGGGGUGAUUGUUUUUGAGAUGUUCCACAGUUUUGACUCCGGCUCAGAGAGAGCAAAACUGCUUGAGGCAGCAAGGAGGCGGGAAUUUCCUGAACAGUUUCAGGUCGACCAUGUACAAUGGUGUGAUACAGUACGUCAGAUGCUCUCUACAGAUCCUGAGGACCGUCCCACUGCCCAGGAACUUCUUAAUAGUGACCUACUGAGAUCUUAAUACUCUCCCAUGUGGACAUUUUACUGUUAAACUGACAAGCUUAUCACAUGACUGUUGAGUGCCAUAGACGGACAAUCAAGUGAUUUUUUGUUAUGCUAAAAAACUACAAUAGCACUUAUUAUGCCUCUCUUCGAAGAAGAAAGGAUAUAUUGUUUUGCUGGAUGUCGGUUGUUCUGUCUGUCUGUCGGUAGACAAGUUCGUUUCUGAUCAAUAACUCGUCAAUGAAUUGACCGAUUGGCUUGAUGCUUCACAUAUGCAUUGGCCUUGGACAGUAGAUGACCCCUAUUAAAAUUGGGGUCACUAGGUUAAAGGUCAAGGUCACUAUCACACUAAGUGUGAAAAUCGUUUCCCAUCAAUAAUUUGUUAAGCAAUGGACUGAUUGGCUUGAUACUUCACAUGUGCAUCGGCCUUGGACAGUAGAUGACCCCUAUUGAAAUUGGGGUCACUAGGUCAAAUGUCAAGGUCACAAUCACACUAAGUGUGAAAAUUGUUUCUGAUCAGUAACUCGUCAACGAAUUGAUGGAUUGGCUUGAUGCGCAUUGGCCUUGGACAGUUGAUGACCCCUAUUGAUAUUGGGGUCACUAGUUCAAAGCCCUGGGGGGCAUAUGUCUCCGACUCUUAAUGUAUUGACCAAUAAUGCUUGUAACAUUUUAGGUUUUAUUUUCAUUGGUUGAAAGUUUCAGCUUAUGAUUCAGAUUGAUCCAAUUAAUUCUGUAGUUGGGUUUGGCUUUAUUCUCUCCCUUGUUAAUAUUAUUACAUGGAAAUUCCGUAUGAUGAUAAGUGUUUAAACUGUAAAAUAACUUUCAUUUCUAAGGCUUAGUUUUUUUUUGUUUACCGACUAUACAAAAUAGCCCUAUAUAACUAAUUAGUCAGAAUUUUUUAUAAGCAGAAUUGUAUUGUUGGUAUUUAUAAAAGUUCAUCUUUCUUUGUUUUAAUGUAAUGCUUAUAUCCAAUAACGUUUACACUAUUUUUAUCUGAAGUGACAAUAUGUUAUAAUUCAGAUAAGCUUGAAAUGUGUCCCAAAUACAACCCUUGUGAUAUAGCUCUAUUUUCUUAAACUCUUUUAAUUUGUCUUUUAGUUUAAUAUUUUACGUUCUAAGUCAGCAAAUAGUCAUGAAUUCAUGGGACUCGCUUUGUUAGUUGGUCUGCUCAUUUUAAUUGUUUGUCUUGUAGCUUUACGGAGCUAACUUCUUAACUGAUAAUGGCAUAAGAAUCUACAAAAUUAUGUGAUUGUUGCAAGUAACCAAUCGAAUGCAACUACUAUUAUGUAUUAAGUAAUGCAAGUUUAUGGAAUUGUUUUGCAGAGCUAUUGAAAAACCAAUGGCUACUAUAUAAGUGGCAUCAAAUGAAUGAGUCUUAUGCCAUAUGCGGCCAGCGAAGCUCCCAACCAGUCUGCGCAAUUUCUGAGUCUAGUUUGGAGCUACGCUGUCCGCUAUAAAGUCACACAAGCUCUCCCAGUCUCAAUAGCUCACAGCGUCGCACCUACCCAGACUGUGUAGAUGCUAAGGCUGGUUUGAAGGUACUCUUGCUGCCUGUAGCAUGAUACUCAUUUUAGAAUGAUGUGGGCCAAACAAAAUUAAUGCUUAAAUGUUAAGUGUUUUUUAUGUCCCCCACUAUAGUAGUGGGGGACAUAUUGUUUUUGCCCUGUCUGUUGGUUGGUUGGUCUGUUGGUUGGUUGGUCUGUUGGUUAGUUUGCGCCAACUUUAACAUUUUGCAAUAACUUUUGCUAUAUUGAAGAUAGCAACUUCAUAUUUGGCAUGCAUGUGUAUCUCAAGAAGCUGCACAUUUUGAGUGGUGAAAGGUCAAGGUCAAGAUCAUCCUUCAAGGUCAGAGGUCAAAUAUAUGUGGCCAAAAUCGCUCAUUUUAUGAAUACUUUUGCAAUAUUGAAGAUAGCAACUUGAUAUUUGGCAUGCAUGUGUAUCUCAUGGAGCUGCACAUUUUGAGUGGUGAAAGGUCAAGGUCAUCCUUUAAGGUCAGAGGUCAAAUAUAUGUGGCCUAAAUCGCUUAUUUUAUGAAUACUUUUGCAAUAUUGAAGAUAGCAACUUGAUAUUUGGCAUGCAUGUGUAUCUCAUGGAGCUGCACAUUUUGAGUGGUGAAAGGUCAAGGUCAAGGUCAUCCUUCAAGGUCAGAGGUCAAAUAUAUAUGGCCCAAAUCGCUUAUUUUAUGAAUACUUUUGUAAUAUUGAAGAUAGCAACUUGAUAUUUGGCAUGCAUGUGUAUCUCAUGGAGCUGCACAUUUUGAGUGGUGAAAGGUCAAGGUCAUCCUUCAAGGUCAAAUAUAUGGGUCAAAAUUGCUCAUGUAAUGUCACUUCUGCAAUAUUGAAGCUAGCAAUUUUAUAUUUGAAAUGCAUGUGUAUCUCAUGGAGCUGCACAUUUUGAGUGGUGAAGGGUCAAGGUCAAGGUCAUCCUUCAAGGUCAAACGUCAUAUAGGGGGAUAUUGUGUUUUACAAACACAUCUUGUUAAUCCUGUUUUUGUAUAUUGAUGUGUUGUAUAUUUCUAUAAGCUGUGAUUUUGUUUAAGUUUUUGUUAACUGUAAAUACACUUUACAUGUUAAUUGUAAAUGUACUUCAUAUGUCUUAAAGACUUCGCUGUGACAGUAUUUUUUUAAUUGUAUCAUGCUUAAUAAAUUUACUUACUCUAUUAAAAUAGCUCAAUAUUAUUGUGUUUUAUCCAUAGGACACUUAAAUUGAAGAAACCAAUGACAUUUUUCAUGUUGAUAAUUAAUGAAUUGUCAUCACAUCAAGAUAUGAACUUACAAAAGGCUUUGUUGCACCACACUUUGGUGAGCCGAAUUUCAGUUUUAAAGGGGCCGUCCAACAGAUUUCACGUUUUGGUAAAUUGACAAAAUGAAAAAAAAGUUAUUUCAGAUUAGCAAAUUUUCGUUUUAGUUAUGAUAUUUUUGAGGAAAUAGUAAUACUGACCAUUUACCAUGCUCUUAAAUAUCUAUUAUAUGCAUCUUUUGAUGAUUUGAAAACCUGAAAAUUAUAAAGCGUCGUGCGACGCGAAACGAUUGAAUAAUUUGGAAAGUUCUGUUGUUGUCGUUUUAUUUUGGGAUACUACAAGGAUUGCUUAUAUAGGUAAAAAUACAUCAGCUUUAAGCAUCAGCAUGGAUGCUCGAGUGGUCUAGGCGGGAGACUUUUUACUCCGGGACUCCAGGGGUCAGUGGUUCGAGCCCUGUUGAGGGUUACUUUUUUCCUUGUUUAUGCCCCCGGUAGGGUGGCAUAUAGCAGUUGAACUGUCCAUCAGUAUGUCAGUAUGUCAGUCUGUCCGUCCGUCCGAAAAAAAACCUUUAACGUUGGCCAUAACUUUUGCAAUAUUGAAGAUAGCAACUUGAUAUUUGGCAUGCAUGUGUAUCUCAUGAAGCUGAACAUUCAAGGUCAAAGGUUAAUUUUUUUAAUGUUUUUUUAUUUCAAAGCGGCGCAAUAGGGGGCAUUGUGUUUCUGACGAACACAUCUCUUGUUUAAACUGUAUUAUUGUUUUUUACUGGAGAUUCUUAGUUCAAAUGUUUAAAUUUAUCAAUAUAAAGCAUUUACGAGUACGGCCCCUUUAAAUACCAAAAUGUAUGAAGUAAAAUGUGUUUUUAUAGUUGAAAUGUAUUAAAUGGGCCGUCCAACAGAUUUUGGCAUGAAUUGAAGCUUGACAUUAAAUGCUGUAUAUUGAUAAAUUUAACACAUUUUAAGUUAAAAUCUCCAGUGAAAAUACAAGAAUGCAAUUUAAAAAAAGUAAAAAAAGUAACCCUCAACAGGGCUUGAACCACUCACCCCUGGAUUCCUUGAGGAAAAAAAGACUCCCGCCUAGACCACUGGACCAUCCAUGCUCAUCCUCGAAGUAUCCCAUAAUAAAACGACAACAACAGAACUUUCCAAAUUAUUCAAUCGUUUCGCGUCGCACGACGCUUUAUUGGUCAGUAUUACUAUUUCCUCAAAAAUAUAACAAAAACGAAAAUGUGCGAAUCUGAAACAACUUUUUUUAAUUUUGUCAAUUUACCAAUCUGUUGGACGGCCCCUUUAAGACUGGCAUGUUUUAUCAUUGUAUGAACAAGUUCUAGUGGCAUAGUGUCGACACAAAGUCUGUUGCAAGGGUAAAUAAAAAAAGUGAUCCUCCUCUUUAUUAUCGUCAUGUUAUCAAUAAUCAUCAGCAUCUGUAGCUUACUU